AUGCUGCAGGCUCUUCGUAUUCUGGAAGUGAUUGUGGAUGAUGAUGAUGAUGACAUACAAGUGCUGGAAAGGUUCAUGGUUGGCCCUGAUGCCUUCCCAUGUGCAAGAGACUGCAGAUUCUAUGGUUUUCUGACAGUGCCAUCUAUGUUACCCCGAGGAGCUAUGCCCAGGCUUGAAGGGUUUAGUUUCUCUAUCCGCCCGCAGGAUUUCUUCCAAGGUGAAUUUACUACGGAUGACCUAGCCUUGGACCACCUCCCGUCCCUUCGGUGGUUGUCUGUCAAUCUUUAUCAAGGAAAGGAAAAGAUCGACGAGGAGAUGGAAAUGAAAGUGAAAGAGAGGCUGAGGCAAGAGGCGGAUGACCACCCUUCCGUUAAUAUUUAUAAUUUUUUUUUGGUUGAUUGA